AAGGAGUCAAGUGGAUGAAGGGGAGGAAGAGUAGGGGGGGAGGAGGAGGAGGAGGGAGUAAGGCUCUUCUCCUCUCCCUCUAAGAGCAUUAACUGUAGAGUGUUCUGGUAGUGACAGGGCUGUCAGGGUCAGAUGGCUGCUCAGCCUGAUUAGACCAGCUCACAGCAGAUCCUCAGCCCAGCACUCUGCACUGCUACAGCUACAAACUGGCACAUACAGUACAGACAUCACCGUGGAUACUGAGAGGCCAAGAGGUACAGGGAGAGGUGGAUAGUUCAGUGUUAUUGUGGAGCAGCAGGUUGUUGCAUGAAUAUGCCAUUUUCUGCUGGUUGACUACCAGACAUCUCAGCUUCUAGAGGCAGAAAAAGCAGGUGGACUUUACUUUGGCAAAGAGGCAGAAGAAGUGCUGUUAUUUCUGUUGUUGGAAAUUACAUUGCAUAGCAGUUUGUACUACAAUGUGUGGUCUUUUGUCCGAAAGGUUGAAGAACUACAGCUACUACUCUUCUACACUUACAGUACAAUCCUCCUAGGAUACAUUAAAACUGCUGGUUGAUGGAGUUUGUGCGGCGGAGUGGUGACUACUGCCACGCCCAACACAUUUAGAGUCUAUCUGGAAUGAAGCUGCACCAUGCAGUCCUGCGGCCCUGAUACCUGAAAGACCAUUGGCCCUUGCCCUCUAAAACCAGCCAGCUCAUGGGGUAAGACGUGGAACCUCGUCACUGGAAGCUAACUGGAGAGAGAAGGACACAGAGAGCUAAAGAACUAAGAGACAAAGAGAGAAGGACUAAAGCAGAUCAGAGAGAUAAAAACUAAGAGACGGACACAGAGAGAGCUGACACACUGUAGCUUCCUGGACUAUAGGAUACAGUCAACUGAUGGAGUGAAACUGUUCUCAAGACAACAGGACCUCAGAAUUGGGAACAAAUAAACAGUCUGUUUAGGAGACUGUUCAUAAACUGUCUCCAACAGGAAGUUCAGCAAAAGACAGGAAGUCCAGAGUUACCUGGAGACCUGAUAUAAGUUGAAGACACAGCAGCUACCUGCUACAGCUGGAGCUAAAGGUCCGAGGUCCUCCUGGGAUAUCAAAGGUCACGCUGGUCACCAUGAACCGUCCAGCUCCAGUGGAACUGUGCCACAAAAACAUGAGAUUCCUGAUCACACACAACCCCACAGACAGCACACUCAGCUCCUUCAUAGAGGACCUAAAGCGAUUUGGUGCCACCACAGUAGUUCGAGUCUGUGAUAUUACCUAUGAUAAAACACCGUUGGAGAAAGACGGCAUUACUGUAGUGGAUUGGCCGUUUGAUGAUGGAGCCCCGCCCCCCAGUAAGCUGGUUGAUGAUUGGUUGAGUCUACUGAAGAAGAAGUUUCAGGAGGAUCCAGGAUGCUGCGUGGCCGUUCACUGUGUGGCUGGGCUGGGGAGGGCUCCUGUGCUGGUUGCUCUGGCUCUGAUAGAGAGUGGGAUGAAGUAUGAAGAUGCUAUUCAACUUAUCAGACAGAAGCGUCGUGGAGCCAUCAACAGUAAACAGCUAACCUACCUGGAGAAAUAUCGAUCCAAGCAGAGACUGCGCUUCAAAGACUCUAAUUCACACAAGAACAAGUGCUGCACAAUGUGAACACACACACACACACACACACACACACGAACACACACCAAAGACAUUUUGUACCCGGGUCAUUCCUGUUAUGCAGCAAUAUUUUAAUAUAUGCCCUGUCCUCAUAUUUCCUUUAAGAUGUGUCACAUUUUUUUUUUUUUUUUUUAAUGGCUUAAAUUAUAGAUAAAGGUCUUCUUCAUCACAUUAACACAGAAUAAUGCACAUUAAAAAUACAUGUUUUACUUUACUGCCCUUUUUUAUGGUACAUGUGCUCAAUUUUACCAUGUCCCCAGUGUAAAGUUAUCCUCUUCUACAAGACCUAUACGCCAUUAAAUAAUAAGAUAACAGUUAACCAUGUUAAACUCUCUCUGAUAGGCUAUAUAUUAGGAAGAACUUUUUUUUUUUUUUUUUUUUUUUGCAUUUUCAUAAUUCACUGUGUGUGCCUGAAGUAAUUUUCCACCCUGUUAGUUAUUGGUUUCUCGACUUUAAAAUAAAGAAACUUCAAUUCCAUUGACACCAUGUUCAGGAUGUGACAUGUUUUUUUGUGAGGGAACUCAAAGGAGCAAAGUAGGGUGAGAAUAAACUUACACUGAGGCCGAAAUGUUGCUGCAUACCAUGAUCCCUCAAAAAAAAUGCCUCAGGAAUCCAACCAUAUCAGCCUUGUGUCACUAUCACAAACACUAAAAUAUACAGGCUACAUUUGGCCCUGGUGUACCCUGGGAAUUGACAGCAGUUUUGUUAGAACCCAUCUUUGUGAUUUCUUGUCUUUUAAAGAAAAAAUUUGUUUAUUGGUUUGCUUCACAACAUAGAUUACAGUGAAGAAAGAUGGCAAAGAUGGGCAAGGAACAGAAAAUCACAUAAAACGUUUUGUAGCUAAAUAUUCAGGGAUAUAGAUAGUAUAGAUAUAGAUGGAAAAGACACAAAGUUGGGUCAGGGAUAAUGAACAUUAAAAUUUUAUAUUAUGAUAUACCUGUUCUAUUGGCCCUCAAAUCAUCAAAUCAUACCAGAUAUUUUGUAAAGAUACCAUUGAAUUUUCAUUAUUUUGUACAGGUGUUCAAUAUCUUCAAACUUCCCCAUAAUCAUGGUAUGAAAUGGCAUGCAGUAUUUCUGAGUGUUUCUUUGAGAUUGUUUUUUGGACUCCUGAGACACUUUUUACACUGAAACACAGGUCAAUACUUUAAGUUGACCCUGUCUUUUACAUUAGUCCUGUUGAUGUCUGUUCUCAGUGUAACUGGAGAUAAAAGGGCUCCUUUUCAAGCAGCAUUUUCUGCCAUUCAGUAUCAAAAUCAGCUUCUGAAAUGCUAGAUGAAGCAUUUUGGUAAACAUAAAGCCUUCAUUUGGUUUUAUCACAGUUGCCGUUUUAAUAUAAUUUCAUCGUGCUCAAAUUAUGUGUUUACAUAUUGGUGCGUGCAUUAUAUUGUGCUCUGUUUACUGACACCCACAAGAGUAAACAUCUUUGUCAGCAGCAGCUGCUUUCAAGCCAGGUUAAAAGUACAUAUGUGUUAUUUAAAACAAAAGGAAACGUUAAUAAUUCUACAGUUAUAAUGCAUUACACACAUUCUAAAAUGACUAUAAACUGUAAACUAGUUGUAAAUAAUAUUAAAUGAAGUAUCUCUAUUCAUCACUUUUAUUCUAGAGGUAAGGGUAAACCACUCCUCCCAGUCACUGACUACAGGAAUUUGCAAAGAAAAUGAAACCAUUGCAGGUAUUACACAUAUUUUUUGUGUUACUUUGUCAGAGAGGAAUUUUCACAUUAUCAGCAGUUCAUGACAUAAUAUCUCAGUUUUAAUCCAUGGAUGAUAUAUGGAUAAAUUUAGAUCUCUAAUCCUAGAAUAAAUAUUGCUGCGCAUCAUUUAAACUAGGUUACAGUAUCUUAUACAGAUUUUUCUUGAGGUUGGAGUUUGCUUAUUAAUUUGUAUUGUUUCUAAAUGAUGCAUGUAACCAACUGUUUCAUGGUAGAGCACCUUUUAUGUAUUACAGUAGUAGGUUGCUUGUAGUCUCCCCACAUUUUAUGUCCUGAACAACAAUUUGUGAGAAAGAAAUGAGAGCAGAGGGUGUAAAAUUGUGUGCGUGUGUGUGUGUGUGUGUGUGUGUGUGUGUACGCGUGUGAGUGUGUGUGUGCGCGUGUGUGUUUUGCAGUCUUUAGUCAUUGUUAAUAAUUGGGACUGACCUGAGCUAACACUUUUUUAUGUAAAACCAAAUGCUGUAAAUGUCUGUAUCUCUGUAAAGUUUUGCACUGUUUAAUAAAGGCUUUGUCAUUGUCCCUA